CCCCCCCCCCCUCCAAAACCUCUGGGCCUUAAAAAAACACAGUCACCAAAAUCCAAGAAAGAAAAAAAGAGAUCGAGAAGAUCCAACAACAACCGCUCUAUCUGUGAUUGUAAUGAAGAUGUUUUUGUUUCCCAUGUAAUCUCAUCUUCCUAAGAAUAUUGCCGUUGAUUGUUUGUUGCUGUUUUGGUUGGUCCUAAAUUAAUCUCUCUCUCUCUGUGAGCACACAUUUUUCGCUAUCUUUUUUUUUUUUUUUUUUUUUUUUUUUUUUUUUUUUUUUUGUGUGUGUUUUUGGGGGGGUGUCAUAUGGCACAAUUACCGCCCAAGAUACCGAGCAUGACUCAAAAUUGGCAUGCUUCUUCCCACCAAAGAAUGCCAAUUAUGGCAAACUUCAUUGCCACCACCAACAAUAGUGCCACCGCUAUCGCCCAACAGCAACCCUCCUGGGUGGACGAGUUCCUUGACUUCUCGUCCACCCGCCGCGGCGCCCAUCGCAGGUCCAUGAGCGACUCCAUCGCCUUCCUCGAGGCGCCGGCCUUCAUCGAGGAAUGCCGGAACUCUAGUACUACCGCAGGGAUGCAUGGGACCGUCAACGCCUUCGACCGCUUGGACGACGAGCAGCUCAUGUCAAUGUUCUCCGACGACGUCUCCGCCGUGCUGCCUCCUCCCACAGUUUCGUCUUCCAACCCGUCCACGCCGUCUGACCACAACAGCAUUGACGAUGAGAAUAAUAAGCCAGUAAUGCCGGCUCUAGACCAUCAGCCCAAAAAUGAACCCGGAGAGGUGGAAAGCUCAUGCAAACCUGACCCACAUGGGCCACCGCCCUCCGCCACCCCUACCGGAGACUCCGCCGCUGAUCCUAAGAGGGUUAAAAGGAUUUUGGCAAACAGGCAAUCGGCGCAGAGAUCAAGAGUGAGGAAGCUACAGUAUAUUUCGGAGCUUGAACGGAGUGUGACAACAUUACAGACCGAAGUAUCAGCAUUGUCACCAAGAGUUGCAUUCUUGGACCACCAAAGGCUGAUUCUUAAUGUUGAUAAUAGCGCUCUCAAGCAACGGAUCGCUGCUUUGGCUCAAGAUAAACUUUUCAAAGAUGCUCAUCAAGAGGCAUUAAAGAAGGAAAUAGAGAGAUUAAGGCAAAUCUAUCAUCAACAAAAUCUCAAGAAGAUGAGCAACAACCAAAAUGCAGCAUCACAAGCACAGCAACACCCAAGCUCUGAUCAUCCCUUGCGAUGUACGGACAAGGAGCAGCUUCUCAGCUGAGAGAGGCUGUGGGGUUGCAUUCUGCUAAUUAACCUGGGGGGUUUCACGUGAUAUGUUCCCACCUGUAUGCUUAUGUGGCCGUGAAAAAAACAUCUUGGUUUUUAUUUUAUUUUAUUUUAUUUUUUUUCAGUAAUGUUUUGGGAAUUUGGGGUUAGUUUGAUUAUUUAUGUUUACAAUUCUUUUUUUUUUUUUUUUUUUUUUUAUCCAGAACUCUAACUUUUUAUUAAUUCUUUUGGGGGCAAAAGAUGGUGGGUUUUUGUGCGGUGGGGUUGUAUUGGGAGACAAGAAAGAAGGUGUCAGGGGUGGUGAGGGGGAUGUUAAUGCCUGAAUGUUGUAUCUUUUUUCUGUGGUUUUCUUUCCCCUUGGGCCUUGGCCUAAUAAUGUGCUAUGACUUUUGUUUAUUUAAUUUAUUUUUAUUUUUCCUGGAAAAAUGUAAAUAUAUUAAGAAAUAAUUAAAGAACUCGAAGUUCUUCA